AUGUUGAUGAACCGCAACCCUAGACGAGGAACGAGCAGGAUGGUAUCGUCUCUGCUCGUUCAACAGCAUUGCGAUGGGUAUAAUUUUCAAGGACGCGCUGGACGAACGCCAUCUUCUGCUUCUAGUUUAGGUACGACGAGAGGGAGAGCUACGCACUUCUACUUGUCGGAGGACACAAACCCAAACGAACCCUCAACAACUUCGUCAAGGAGACCUACAUCAGCAUCAUCUACAGCUUUGGGACUUUCAUCUUCUGAACGAGGACGCAGACCGUCUUCCUUUACAUCGUCAACACCAGCUAGCUUCGCAGAAGCAGGCUCCACUGCUGAUGAUAGCGGACCCGAUCCAGGCGAUGGUGGAGGUGGAUCCGAGCCAACCGAAGAUCAAGAACGACAAGUAAUCAACAAUUUUCCGGUACUGCCCUUCGUGAUACCGAUUCCAGUCGGAGGCGCCGCGAGUAUGUCACGCAGUGGGAACACGGCAAGGCAAGUUACGGCUACCAUUUUUACUGGAAAAAGAACCUGCAGAAACAUAUUUAUAGAAUCUUCUUCAUAAGUACUACAUCAACACACCUAAAAACAAGUUUGAGAUGUAGUUUCACAUGAUAUACAACUUCCCCAUGAUGCUGUCGUGAGUGCAGCUCCUUUGGAAAAGCUUUCAGGAUCCAAUUCCAAGAAGUGAUAUUUAUUAGCUUGUUAACACUGCGUGUGCAUGUACAUCCGCAUCCACUUCUAAUCAAAUAAUCCCUUCCGCGCAUGAUUUAGGACAGCAAGCUAAGUGGAAUGGGUUCUGGAAGACUGUGCAGGACGUCGCAGCAAUGAAAAUGGCAGGAGUCAGCGGAAAUGACAGUGGAGGAGGAGGGCCGGUAAUACAACUAGGUCAUAGUAGAAAAUUAUAAGCGGAAGGAACGAAUGUUUAGGUCGUGCUCGUCACCAGAUGGAAAUUUGAAUUAUGCGAUCGAGAGUCUAGUCUCUAGUUGAGAGUUGAGAAGAAAAAGAAGAUCUAGAUCAUUUAUUCCACUAUCGUCUACAACUCCAUCAUUAUGUGUAUCCGACGUUUUAUCUAGUAACAAGUACUUAGAAAGAAUUCAAGCUGUUCCAAUCAAUCUGGUAUUCCUCUCCUCAACAUUAGUUUCCAACUAUUCUGAUAAUAUUCCCACGACUACAUCUUCAGCCCUCUCUCGCACCGCGAAAACGACCUUCCGAAUUCGAACGUGGUAUGAUUGGAGCGGAGUUUGUGUAUGAAAGUCCUAUAAACGCACUGGGGCAACCUGAUAUCACAGCACCGAUCAGACCGCCAGCCGGAGGCAUGGUGGUGGAUUCAGGAAAUCCAUUUCUCUAAACAAAAAUUUACUGAAAUAGUGAUCAAAAUGUUACGGGUCGUGUUGAGACGAAAU